UUCAUAGAACAAUAAUAAAUCUAUCUUUUUGUGUGGAAAUUUCAAAGAUAAACCCAACAACAAGUGCAAAGUUCAGAGCGAUUAAUCGAGGUUUGCCUGAAAAAAACAUUUGCGAGAGACGCAAUAAAUCCCCAGAAAAAAGCAAACAUAUUUCCAUAUUUGUACUUUACAUAUAGUAUCUGAGAUAAGAGUUGUAUCUAGAUGCUAUAAAGAUAACGCCGCGUGUGAACCAACACUUGACAAGAACAUUAACCUAACCGAUCGCUUAAAGUUAGCCAUCUGUGUGUGAAAAUCCAUCAAUAGGCUCUUUGCCCGAAUAUUAUGUUCGCUGUGUCCGCGGUUGGUCCUACGAGUACAACAGCGACAUCACCAGCGAGGAAAGGCGGAAAAUCUCUCUCCGAGUCGAGCAACAACGUCAUGCAACAUUCGCCUGUCGUUGUCUUCAUGUGUGUGCAACAUUCGCAGCAGCAGGUUCCCAUGCUCAACAACUUUAUGUGUAUGCGUAUGCGCGGCUGGCAUAAUAACAAGUAUUAUUGCAACAACCACGUCACUACCCUCAAGAUCGGCACCGGUACGGGUACGAGCCUCGCCACCAAGGUCCUAAAGCGCUCCAAGUUUCUACGGAAGAAGCGGGACUGCAUUCGCCGCCGCGCCACUAUUAUUCGUUUUUGAGGCACGAAAAAAUUAAGUUAAUCCAGCGGAAAUAAGGAAACACAACCCGAGCAACAUAUUCGUGUCGUCAUCAUUGGAACCUGCUUACCAAGGCAGCAACAUGAUGGAGGCUUAAGGGGAACUUGUGUCGACGACUCUUUUUAGAGCUUGUUUAGAGGGACCCUAACAAUUUCAUUGUUUCUUUCUAACGGUCAAUUAAAACCACGUUCAAAAUGGCAUUCUCCGUCGAAGCCCAUACCAGCCAAGCCAGGCCCAAGAGCGAAUCAAACCAGAGCAACCCAAUCAACCAAGAGUCCAGCAGCAGUAUCUGCAACAACACCCCCAAGAGCAGCUCCCCGAGCAACCCAGAUCGUGUAUACAGCACCGCCAACUCAAGCAACAGCAACGAGAAGGAAUACCGAAAAUCCCAGAGAUAUAAUAUUGACGAUCCAGGAGCCAGCACGACGACAGGCAACAACAUACGAGGCGACAACCCGGGCAGAGCAGAAGGCAACGUCCACGUCAACAACAUCCCAGGAUCCAGAGGCAACGGCUGGCGCGACAAACUUGUGGCCCAACUGCUGCUGCUAUCAGAGGAGAACAAAGCCAACGGAGCGUACGAGGGAUUCGCCUAUUUCGACGAUCACCACCAUACCGAUCGUGAUAGACAGCAAGCCAAAUCCCAGAAUUCUGCUGAUCAAAGUACCCACAAGCAGCAGCAACAACAGAAAUUGCAGCAAUUGCAGCGGGACAGAGCCCAGAGCGCCUCGAACUCGCAUUAUCAGAAUACCCUUUUUACCAGGGUCGGUACCAACGCGUCCGCCAGCCAACCGGGCUUCGCCUGCAACGAGGUCUAUAGUAAAUCCGACAGAUUCGGCGACGCCAACCCGUAUCGCAACGUACACCACGACUGGGACUGCAAUAUCCCCUUCGCCCAGACAAACGCUGGCAGGUUUACCGACUACGGAAAUGGUGAACCAAACGGUCCCGGUUUCGAUCCCGCCUCCGGCACAGACCCUGGCGUCCAUGGCUGGUAUCCAGCUGACAGGUGCGGACGAGCCGCUAUCCCGCCGGGAUAUGAGUGGAGCAAUGCCUACUGCCACAGUUGAAGAGAUAGACGUUCCGGUGUUCAUUGAUGAAUACCUGCAAGAUAUAGAAGCAACGUCAUCUACGUGCAGCAGCGAAAACGGAAAGGAGAUUUUUACUGAGACGGAUAUUCUUGACUUUGAUAUAAACAUGUUUGCCGAGGAG